ACCAUGGAGUCGCCGCUCCGGCGAUACCGGGCUCGCUACAAGGGCCCGGCCGCGCCGCCCUGGAAGGAGACCUACCGCCGCCGCUGCAUGGAGCGGCUGAGGAGCAGCCGGGCGAAGCUGCUGGACCGGUACCGCCAGGCCGGGGAGAGAGUGUGCGGGCCGGCCACGGGCACGCUGCUGGUGCAGGAGGUGAUGGAGCAGGAGUGGCAGACGCUGCAGGCCGCGCAGGAGGGCCAGCUGCCCCGCCGGGGAACGGAGGCCCUGGCCCAGAUGCUAGAGGACCCCGAUGAGCUAGCAGUACUGGAGGAGAUCCAACAAGAAUUGAUCUUGCAAGAACAGCUGGUUAUAGAAGAGUAUGAGCGAAGCCUGCAGUUCGAUGAAGAAUGUCUCAACGCAAUGCUCGAUGGCUUGGAUGCUAGCGACAGGGUCAUCUGCCCAGUGUGUAGAAAGAAUAACCUGACUGUGAGGAAUCACUUAGUUUUUUGCCAGUGUGGAUUACACAUCAGCACGCAGGAUAUGACAGAAGGGAAGCUUCGGUCACUUCUAGAAAACACUGUAACAGAGCACAGUCACAGGUGCUUGCACAACCCAGAGUUCACAGUUACCAGUGGAAUGGAGGAGGAAGCCAGUCUCCUCAUGAGCUGUCCGGUGAGUCUAAAUGUCAGGUUCCUGGAAAGGAUCUCUGCUUGGAUCCACUUCUCAAUUACAUGGGCAGAAAUCACAAGCCUAUUCAUCCCAUGGGUUUGUGUUGGCUGUUUUUCCACAAACUUCCUUGGAAAUGGUUUUACUUUCGACCACCAGUAACCAUAAAAAGAAGAGCCAAAUUACACAACUUACCUUAACUGCUGGGUUAGGGAACAUUUCAAGGACCUGCCACGUUUAGUGCCUUAUCUUUCUCACACCUUAGCCAACAACUUCCAAGUCUUGUGUGGAGCAUCUGUUCAGGUAAGUGGUUCAUGAAGAAAAGUUCCAAAAAUUACUUCAGUUUAAGCCUCCUCGAAAGGCUCGCCCAUACCUCUUAGAAAACACAUACCAUCCCUUUGGCUUGAGCUAGAGCUAGCAAGUUCUUAGCUUUGCUGCUUACGUAAAAUUACUGAGGACAGUGC